UGCACAUUAGCAAACUAUUUUAUGCCACAGCAGCACACACUGCAGUAGUUAUUGAAGACAUGUAUUGGGGAUUUUAUCCGAAAUAUAAAAAAGCAAACAGUGAUUGCAUUCCAUUGAAUUUUGCUCUAAUUGGCCAACUUGUCAGACUGUACUGUAAGGAAAGACCCACCAAUUUACAGGAGCCUCUCUCCUUUCCUCCACCCCCUCCCUCGUCUCUCCCUCUUCCCCUCGUGAAGUCCUCCCUCCCCCUCUCCUCUCCUCUCCUCUCCUCUGCUCUCCUCUCCUCUCACAGCAGAGCGCGCGUGUGAUUUGACAGUCGCAUCUCUCCUUGUGUCCGGGAGCGCGCGUGUGUGUAUGUUUACGAUCGUCGUGCUCCACGUGCUGCGUGUGGAUGCGCUCCUCGCGCGCUGUCGGUAACAGAAACCAUGACCGGCGCGCCGCGCGACCCCUUCUACUCUUCUCCGUUCGGUCCGUUUUAUCGGAGACACGCGCCCUACCCGGUGCAGCCGGAGUACCGGAUGCACGAGCUCAACAAACGGCUCCAGUCCCGGCCUGAGGACUGUGAUAUUCUGUGGUGGGAUGCAUUCUGCACUGAGUUCUUUGAAGAAGAUGCCACACUGACUCUCUCAUUCUGCCUGGAGGAGGGACCAAAGACGUACACCAUCGGGCGCACCCUGAUCCCUCGUUACUUCAGUUCUCUGUUCGAAGGAGGAGUCUAUGAGUUGUUUUUUGAGCUGAAACAAACAAAGGAGUCGUUCAACAACUCAACUAUUACUGUCGACUCUCAUCACUGUACUAUGGCAACACAACACGGCAAACCUACGUUCACUAAGGUGUGUACAGAAGGUCGUCUAAUUCUUGUGUUCACCUUUGAUGACCUUAUGAGAAUCAAAACAUGGCACUUCACUAUCACACACUACAGUGAACUCAUUCCUCGCAGUGUCUUGGCUGUAAAUGCACAAGACCCUGGAGCUCUGGAACAACUGUCCAAAAACAUCAGUCGAGUGGGACUUACCAACCUCACGCUGAACUACCUCAGAUUGUGUGUGAUUCUAGAGCCGAUGCAGGAGCUCAUGUCUAGGCAUAAGACAUAUGGACUGAGUCCCAGAGACUGCCUGAAGACCUGCCUCUUUCACCAGUGGCAGAGGAUGACAACACCACCAGUUGGACCCUCGCCCAGCUUCAAGACAGAAAUAUUUCCCUCUAAUUCCAAAAAAAAGCCAGCCAAACCAGCAACAAAGAGACGGAGGAGGAGGAACUCAGCUGGUAACGCAUCCAAUAGCAGCACAGGAAACAGCAAGAAGCGCAGCCCAGCCAAUAACUUCAACCUACCAUCACAGGAUGUGAUGGUGGUAGGGGAGCCCUCUCUAAUGGGAGGGGAGUUGGGUGACGUGGAUGAGCGUUUGAUCACACGCCUCGAGAACGAACAGUACGACCCUGUCAACGGUCUCCAUGAUGACAGUCUCCAUGACUACACCAACUCACCGACACUUGGAAACGGCAGCUCCUGGAAUGGCCAGCACCCUAGCAACCAAGACAGUAAGCCUGAUACCAUGGCAACACAGCAGUUGGAGUAAUGUGAUCUGACAUUGGGUAGCUAUGGCAACGGUGCUGUCAAGGGAUGGGGGUAUUUUCAACUGUAGAGGAGAAAUUGCAGGAGAGAUGGUUGUGUGUGUGUGCAUGCUAGCGUUUAUGUUGGUGUGACACGGUAUUCCAUACUUGAGACAUACAGCUUCAACCAUUUAGUUUAAGUAUUCUGAAAAAAAUAAAAGAUACUGCAAGCCUUGUAAAUAUACAGAUCUAUCGAUUCAUUUCAUAUCAGAAUUUUUCAGCCCUUUUUUAAAGCUCAGUGGAUGUCUCGGCUUCAUUCUGUACCGUAUUGUUUGGUUUCGCUAGAACAACCGGAUGAAAAAAGUCCCAUUGUGAACGCUAUAGCGUUUUGAGCAUAAAUGCAGGUAUCUUUAUUGCUCUAAAUUGUAAUGCAUAUUGUAAAACACAUGCAGAUUUGUGCUGUUUGUUGUGUAUUUUAUGUAUGGUUUUCAAUAAUUUGCAUUAAUAAAAUGUGUUUGGUUAUGAUAUCAGACUCUGUGUGUUUGGUUAUUGAUAUCAAUGUAAUAAUAAAAAAGCAUA